UCUCUCUCUCGCGCGCGCGCGGAAAACCUAACCAUAGGCGAUGGAUUGCCUCAGGAGCCCUUUCCUAUCCCCUUUCACUUCUCCUCCACAAAACCCGUUCGGUCUGCCGCCGCCCAGGCCCCGCUCCAAGCUUCUCAAUUCCAAUCCUCCCGUCCGCUCCUCCAAUGCCUCUGACCCGUGGAGCCUCAGCGACGGAAACUCUGGCAGGCCCCGGCCCCGACCCUACCGCCGGAACCCACGAAAGCCCCUUUCCGACGACGACGCCCGCCGCAUCAUCCACGCCAAGGCCCAGUACCUCAGCCGCCUCCGCCGAAACCAGGGGAGCGGCGCCCAGACCCCCCGGUGGAUCCGCCGCACACCGGAGCAGAUGGCGCAGUUGAUCGAGGACGACAGGGACGGGCACCUGUACGGGAAACACGUGGUAGCGGCGAUUCGGAAGGUUCGGGCGCUGGGUGGGAGGCCGGAGGGGUCGUAUGACAUGAGGGAGGUUAUGGCGUCGUUCGUGACGAGACUGAGCUUCCGGGAGAUGUGUGUUGUGCUAAAGGAGCAGCGCGGGUGGCGGCAGGUCAGAGACUUCUUUGCCUGGAUGAAGCUGCAGCUGUGCUACAGACCUAGUGUUAUUGUCUACACUAUUGUUCUAAGAAUAUAUGGCCAAGUUGGAAAGAUCAAACUUGCUGAACAAAUUUUCUUGGAGAUGCUUGAAGCAGGUUGUGAACCAGAUGAAGUUGCUUGUGGAACUAUGCUUUGUGCAUAUGCUAGGUGGGGACGGCAUAAAGACAUGAUGUUGUUUUAUUCUGCUGUGCGUAGAAGGGAUAUUUUACCCUCUGUUGCAGUUUUUAAUUUCAUGAUUUCAUCCUUGCAAAAGCAGAAGCUGCAUGAAAAGGUUAUUCAGCUCUGGAAACAGAUGUUGGAUGAUGCAGUAGAGCCUAAUCGAUUUACUUAUACAAUCAUUAUUAGUUCAUAUGCCAAGGAAGACCUGGUUGAUGAUGCUUUUGAUGCAUUUAGAAAAAUGAAAAAAUCUGGCUUCACUCCUGAGGAGGCUACAUACAGCUUGCUUAUUACUUUAAGUGUUAAACAUGGUAAGGGAGAUGAUGCAUUGCAACUUUAUGAAGAGAUGAAAGCUUUGGCGAUCAUUCCAAGUAACUACACUUUAGCUUCACUUUUGACGUUGCACUGCAAGAAUGCCAAUUACUCCAAAGCUUUGGCACUCUUUACAGAGAUGGAAAGAAACAAAAUUGUCCCUGAUGAGGUUAUAUAUGGAAUUCUCAUAAGGAUAUAUGGAAAACUUGGACUAUAUGAGGAUGCACUGAAAAUGUUUGAAGAAAUUGAAAAAAUAGGUCUUCUUAAUGAUGAGAAGACAUAUGUGGCUAUGGCUAAUGUCCAUCUUAAUGUAGGAAAUUAUGAGGAAGCUGUAGGAAUUAUUGAACUUAUGAGAUCAAGAAAUGUGGAGCUGUCAAAUUUUGCAUAUAAUGUUUUGCUUCGCUGUUAUGUUGCCAAGGAAGAUGUGGCUUCUGCUGAACUAACAUUCCAGAUGCUAUCCAAAACGGGGCUUCCUGAUGCAGGCUGCUGUAAUGACUUGCUUAGACUUUAUGCAAAAUUGGGACUCUUCGAAAAGGCCAAAGUAUUAAUUUCACAGGUAAGGCACGAUGAAAUUAAGCUUGAUGAAGGCCUAUAUAAGACCGUUUUGGAAGUGUAUUGCAAAAAGGGGAUGAUAGAUGAUGCUGAAAUUUUGAUGGAGGAGAUGGAAAAUGUUGGCUUGGCCAUAGAUAAAUUCACAAAGACAUCAUUAAUGGCGAUGUAUGGUGCAGCUGGAGGGCUUCAGAAAGCAGAGAAUCUGUUGAAGAACUUGGAGCAACCAGAUGCUACAGCCUUCAGUGUAAUGCUUUGCUUGUAUCUGGAAAAUGGUGACACUGAAAAGGCCAAAGAAAUUCUGAAAUCCUUGUGUCAGACAAAUGGUGGUUUAUCUACAGCAAGCCAGCUGAUUAGCAAAUAUGCUAGGGAAGGGAGUAUAGUUGAAGUUGAAACCUUGUAUAGGCAGAUUUUGGAUCUAGGAUUUAUACCUGAAGAUUCAGUUGUUGCUUCUAUGAUUACUCUCUACGGUCGUUGCCACCAAUUAAAACAAGCCCAAGAAGUAUUUGCCUCCGUAUCACACUCUUCAAAACCUGCAGAGGCUGCUUACAACUCAAUGAUAGGUGUUUGUUGCAAAUGUGGAGAUGUUGAUGAAGCAAUUCGGCUGUAUAAAGAAAUGAUUAAUCGAGCAUACACUCAGGAUGCUGUUACCAUCAGCAUACUUGUCAAUACUUUAACUAAGAAUGGAAAAUAUAUGGAAGCAGAAAGAAUAAUUUAUGACAGUUUUAAUUCUAAUAUGGAGCUCGAUACUGUAGCCUACAACACUUAUAUCAAGUCAAUGCUAGAAGCAGGUAAAUUACACUCUGCUGUCAGCAUAUAUGAUCAUAUGAUUUCAUCUGGUGUACCUCCAUCCCUUCAGACAUACAACACUAUGAUAAGUGUACAUGGUCAACGGGGGAAGUUGGAGAAAGCUAUUGAGAUGUUCAAUACUGCACAAGGUUUGGGUUUGUCAAUAGAUGAAAAGGCAUAUACCAACAUGAUUAGUUACUAUGGAAAAGCUGGUAGGACUGAAAAGGCGUCUCUACUCUUUAGUAAAAUGAUGGAAGUUGGAAUACUACCUGGAAGGAUCAGUUACAACACGAUGAUUAAUGUUUAUGCCACGUCCGGACUUCAUCGUGAAGCAGAGGAUCUUUUCCAAGACAUGCAAAGAAUCGGACAUUUUCCAGAUUCCCAUACAUAUCUUGCACUAGUUAGAGCUUUUACAGAAAGCAAGAAAUAUUCAGAGGCAGAGAAAACUAUUCGCAGAAUGAUAGGUGACGGAAUCGCUCCCUCAUCUGCUCAUUUCAACCAUUUAAUCUUUGCCUUCACCAAGGAAGGAUUCAUUUUUGAGGCAGAAAGAGUCAUUAGAGAAAUGAGAGAAACAGGCUUGGAUCCUGAUCUAGCAUGCUGUAGAACUAUGAUGCGAGCAUACAUGGACUAUGGGCUUGUCGAGAAAGGUCUUUCGUUCUUUGAAACCAUUAAUAAGUUCCUAAAGCCUGAUGGGUUUAUAUUAAGUGCUGCUGCCCAUCUUUAUGAGUUUGCUGGCAAAGAAUCUGAGGCUGGGGACAUUCUAGAUGCAAUAAAUCUAAAUGGACUCUUGUUUCUGAGAAACCUGAGAGUGGGGUCAAAGGUUCAAGCUUAAUGCAUUACCUGAUGAUGCUAUGGAGGCUGAUCAAGAGGUGGGGAUUAAACCUCUCUCGAAGCCGCCGAAGAGAAAAUAUACAGUCAGCGGUGACAGCAGUGUCCAUGAAAUGUUGUCAUGGUGAAUUAGCGGUGAAAAAGAUCACAACAAGAUGGAGUGAUGGGUUAAUAUGAUAUCUAAGAUUGCACACAGUGACAUCAUUUACUGGAUUCUGCAUUUGUGGAUUGCUAUUGACAGGAUACAAGAGAUCCUUCUGGCCAGGUCACCCCAUAAAGAAGUGUUUCCAAAGCAGUGCUCGUCUUUUUUGUUGAGGAUGUCGAACCGCAGGCACUAUGCAAACUUCAGAAUUCCUCCCGCUGAUGCAGAUCAACUCCAACCACAUUUGGUGAGAACAGAUGAUUGGUGAAAGAAAUAUAUUAACAAGAACAACAAAUGGAAAUGUUUUGAAAGAAUUAUUUGACUUGUAUGCUUGGAAAAUCAAGUUGAAACGCAGGUAGGUUCGAAGAAAUACCAUGACGUUCAGUAUCAUGUUGAUCUUUAACUUUUCGGAUGUACCAUUAACUGGCAUAGAUUUGCAAUGCAACGCUCUGUCAGGGCACUCGUAAACGGACUCCAAAAGAGAGAAUUUUUGUGCAGAUGGAGGAUGUUUUUCUUCUAAUUUUCUUUUCGA